GAGGGAGGAGAGGGAGGGAACUGGUGGGGAAGAGCAAGGUCUAUAUAAAUCAAGAGCAGAGAGGGGGGGUUUGUGAGAGCAUUUGAGGAAAUCCUCCAGAGACUGAACUCAGGUGGAGUGACAGAAGCCACCUGUGUGCGUGGUUGCAUGUGUGUCCAUGCAGGUGAAAAUAUUGUGCUUGUGAAUUGUCUGCCUGUGUGUGUGGGUGAGUGUGCGUGACCAUGGCGGGUUUUGGGAACAGCUUGCGACGCUGGCUCACCUUUGCUACGGGUCUGGUGGAGUGUCUGUGUUUCGCUGGAGCCGUGUUCGGGUGGGCUUCGCUUGUUUUUGUCCUGAAGACGGAGGGCUACUUCAGCUCUCUGUGCAUCAACACCACAGGAGUCAAUGCAACCGUGUUAGAUUGCAGCGGACAGGAUGAACAGUUCUCACUUGUUUUCACUAUCGCCUCCUUUAUGAACAAUUUCCUGACGUUGCCCAAUGGUUUCCUCUUUGACCGGUUUGGGACUACGGUGGCUCGACUCUUUGGAAUAUUUCUGUACACCAUGGGUAGCUUGAUGGUGGCUUUUGCAACUUCAGCUUUUUCAAACCUGCUCUUCCCAGCUCUCUCUCUCCUGGCAGUGGGUGGCAUCAUGUUUCUGAUCACCAACAUGCAGGUAGGAAACCUGUUCGGCUCACAUCGCUCCACCAUCAUCACUCUCUACAACGGGGCCUUCGACUCUUCCUCAGCACUCUUCCUCGUCAUCAAGUUGUUACACGAGUCUGGCAUCUCUCUCCGCUCUUCCUUCUUCUUUCUGUCCGCAUGCGGCAUCAUUCAUCUGCUCAGGACUUUCUUCCUGCUGCCCAGAAAAUUCAUUCCCUACCCGCUGCCUGAUCAUUACACAUACGGGAUAACUUGUGGUAAACAGACAGAGCAGACAACAGCGAACAGUAGCGCAGAGAGGACCGUAGAGGAAACGCCACUCAACAAGGACGUCCCUGUGAAACAAGAGAAGAGUUUCCGGGAGUGUUUUCUCUCCUGGUUCUUUGUGUGGCACCUGCUUUGGUUGUCGGUGAUGCAGCUCAGACAUUACCUGUUUAUCGGCACCCUCAACCCCAUGCUGCAUCGUCUGACAGCAGGAGAGCCUUCGCUGGUGAGCCAGUACACCAAUGCCUUUGCUAUAACGCAGCUGUGCGGCGUGCUGUGUGCUCCCUGGAACGGUCUCAUAAUGGACAGACACAAGGGCAAAUCUCGGGCUGCAGGGGAGAGUGAACGGGAAGCAGACCUGCGGGCAUCUGUGCUUUCCCUCUUCCUGACGGCGCUGCAGUGCGUGUUGUUCUCAGUUUGUGCCUCCACCCCGUACCUGCCACUACAGUACCUCACCUUCAUCCUGCAGGUGCUCAACCGCUCCUUCCUCUACGGCGGCAAUGCGGCCUUUAUCAGUGUAGCUUUCCCAUCACGCCACUUUGGGAAGCUGUAUGGUCUGGUCAUGGCUCUGUCUGCAGUGUUUUCUCUGCUACAGUAUCCCUUCUUUGCCCUGGUGAAAGGAGUGUUGAAUGGAGACCCUUUAUAUGUGAACAUCGGUCUGACGCUGCUCAGCCUGCUCGCCUUCAUCCAUCCGCUCUCUGUUUACCUGCACUGUCGAAGUCUUGCCUCCCAGCGAUCCAAGAGCAACGCCUCCUCUUAAAGUCUUUAAAAUCGGACCAUGAACUCGCACUUAAAAAGGCCUUAAUAUCACCAGUGUUACCUCUUCAGUUUGUUUGAUUAAUAGUGUUUUGUAUGUCUAUGUUGUGUUGCCAUACAGAUCCUGUUUGGAAAGCAAACAUCUCUAGCAACUGUGAGCUUUGUUUGUUCUGUGUACAGUUAAAAUUCCUAAUUCUGGCUGCUGUCAUUCUACUUAUCCAUGACUGUGAUGUGUCUCGUUUUUCUUCUUUUAUACAAUUUAACAUAAGCAUUUUUGCCAUUUUUUAUAUUCCGUGUUAACGCUAGUCACCUAUCACACCAUGGUUAUGGUGGUUUCAGAGUGCCAAAAGAUAACUUUAUUGUAAAAAAGCUGAAGAUGUUACUGUAAUGUUUAUAUCACUGUGGACCUCUUCAUGUUAUCUAUAUACACACACACAUAUAUAUAUAUAUACACACACACACACACAUAUAUAUAUAUUUCUUUUCUUUUUUUUUUUAUCACUGUUGGUAUACGACCAACAGUGUUAAGUCUAGUGACUGCAUGAGGGACACUUCCGAUCAGUGACAUGUACAGUGUAAAAGAAAAUAGCUCUAUGCUAAUUCUUUGGUGUAAAAACAGCUCAGUGAAGCCGCUUUGUCAGGACAAAGGUCCUGUUUGCCUUCUGAUGUCUCACUGAUUGCUUUACCAUGUGAGUUCAGAUACUGUACUGUACUGUACUGUUCAAUUACAACAGGCAACACAGCUCUGCCACCUGCUGGCCUAUUAGUUUAGGUGUUAGCUGCUAAUAUCACUAUUGGCCCCAAAUAUUAACCUACAGUAACAUAUGACAUCUCAGGUGUUGUUGUCUGUGAAGUUCAGUAGAAGGAUUUGGUGCCAUGAAGGAUUCUGUUUUUUAAUGAAAAGACAAGUAAUCAUAUGUAAUGGAUUACAAAGGGAAAUAUGUACCUUUUUUAACCAGCAUGUUUGUUGUAGGUCGACUGUAUAUUUUGUGGUGCUCAAAUGGUGGAAACAUUUCUAUUAAUAUGCAAACUCAUUGUGCUGCACCACAUGAAAUGUAUCUUUUGAUAUGAACUUUAGGAUGUAGUAAAGGGCAUUAUUACAUUUUGAUGUUUACUUUUACUAUUAAAAUAAACAUUCAAGUGAUAUCUAAAGGCUGAA